CACAUGGUGUUGGUGGGCGAUCAACAAGGCGAAGGCGAGUUUCAAAACGAGGAGGUAAACGAGGGUGGGGAUGACGAUGUCGACGAGGGGAGCAACGACGGCUGCGUCUGCUACGCUUUGGAAGUCGAUAAACAAGCAAAUCUGGAUUUUGAAGACCAAAUUGGGAAGCAGAGAUGGGUCAGUGGGAGCUUCUUAUGUUGAAGGUUGUCCUUCCAGUUGCUCAGGAGCAACCCAAAUAAGCAAUAGAGGCAUACAACUGAACAGUUGUGAUAAUCGAGCACUGGUCUUUGAUGCUAGGGGAACUUAGAGCUGCUACCAUGGCGAUCAGAGUGAGUGGGGUUACUACACUAUGUUCAAAAAUGGAGGAGAUUCUGUUGAAGCACAUGGAGUUUCAGUACAAG